AUACAAUUACUCUAUGACAUUUAAAUUAAAUAUUUUAGUUAAAGAUGGGCAUACACUCACAAAUGAAUGCAGUAAGAGAAAAUAUAAUAUGCCAUAUUUAGCAGAUUUUAAGGAAUGCAAAUACGAAAUACAAGGUGCGCGUCUUCUAUAUUUUAGCGCAAGAAGCAACAUUGACCUUCAAAAAUGGAUGGUUGGGCUUGAGUUUAAUGGAAACGAAUGCAUGGGAAAGUUGCUCAUAUUAUUGCGCAUAUAUACGGUAUAAUGCUACAAUGGAUUGAUCAAUUUUUCCCAAGGAAGUCAUUGCCAUGGAAAUCAAAACCUUGGGUUGCUCUCUUGUCCUCCUCUUCUUCGCCCUUCUCACCACCCCUUCUUUCUCUCACCUAUCAUUUGGAGCUGGAGCUGGAGCUGGAGCUGGAGUUGGAGCUGGAGUUGGAGUUGGAGUUGGAGUUGGAGGUGGAGUUGGUGCUAAUAGUCAAUUUGGCCAAGUCUCCGAAACACACGAUGAGGAUAGUGACCCGACCAUGGGUGUCAUAGCCAACGAUCAUGAAGGACUGGACGCCGAUCAAGAAGGAUCAGACGCCGGAAAAACACCGGCUACACCCGAACCCAACAACAAACAAGAAGGCGAUGAAGAAUCGGACACCGGGAAAGAGCAAACCACGACACCCGAAUCCAACGAUCAAGAAGAAGCAAAGGCCGGUGAUGAAGGAUCGGAUGCUGAGAUAACAACGGCUCUGGCACCUGAAUCGUACGAUAAUCAAGAAUCAGGCGCUGGGACAACAUCGACUAAUAUAGUGAAAGUGCCGGCCUACACUUGCGAACCUGUCAAGGUCGGUUCAAUCCCCAAGCUCGCCAGUCCGAGGCUAGAAGGGGCCUACAAAGCCCUACAAGCAUUGAAGAGUGCCAUUUUUUCUGAUCCAAAUGGGUGGACAAAGAAUUGGGAGGGCCCAGAUGUGUGCAGCUACAAAGGCAUCUUUUGCGCCAAGGCACUGGACGACGCUAGCGUCCAAGUGGUGGCUGGUGUCGACCUCAACCACGCUGAUAUCGCGGGCCACCUCCCCCCGGAGAUCGAGUACCUGACUGACAUUAGUCUCUUCCAUCUCAACUCCAACAGGUUCUGCGGGAUCAUUCCGCGUGGGAUCAAGAACCUCAAGCUUCUCUACGAGUUGGAUUUCAGCAACAAUCGCUUUUGUGGAGCGUUCCCUGAGGUGGUGCUAGAGCUGCCGCAACUUAAAUACCUCGACCUCCGAUAUAAUGAGUUCGAAGGGGAGCUACCAGCAGGGCUCUUCGACAAGGCCCUAGAUGCAAUUUUCUUGAACAACAACAGGUUCCACUCAAUCAUCCCAGAGAAUUUGGGGAACUCCACCGCCUCUGUCAUUGUGAUGGCCAACAACCGCCUCUACGGGUGUAUCCCGACAAGCAUAGGCAAGAUGGCGGGAAAAUUGGACGAGUUUGUGGUUUCGCGCAACGAGCUGUCGGGGUGCCUGCCAGAGGAGAUCACGAUGUUGAAGACAACCAAGGUAUUUGACAUCUCAUACAACAAGUUUAUGGGCGACCUACCGCAGGGGGUGGAGCAUAUGCAGAGUAUAGAGGUGCUCAGCAUUGGGAACAAUAAGUUGAGGAGCAAGAUAUCGAAAACCGUUUGCACGUUGCCAAAACUCAAGAACCUCACUUGCUCUUACAACUUCUUUGACGCCCAAGAUCCUGAGUGUGUGUCUGUGGUUGUCGUCGACAGCAAGACAAAUUGCUUGCCACGGGAGCCCAAUCAGAGGCCGGAGAAAGAGUGUCGCAUAGCAUUGAGCAAGAAGGUUGACUGCAAAGCUGGUUGUGGUUCCUCAACUUUAGGAUAUCCGCCUUCAGCUCCGGCUCCUAAACAAACACCCAUACCCAUGUCGGUGCCAUCAACCCCAACACAAAAAUCCACACCUUCACCAAUGUCUGAGCCAACACCUCCCACACCAAAGUUUCCGACCAAGAGUGCCCUUUCACCUGAACCCCUGUCGACGCCAUCAACCCCGACACAUAAACUCACACUUUCGCCUGAGCCUGAGCUUGAACCAGAGUUUGAGCCAGAUUACGAGUCUGAGCAAACAACUCCGAAUACAGGUAAACCACCAACCACAAGUGUUCCACUACAGCUAACACCUCCUUCUAAAAAGGAGACGCCAUCCUCCACCCCCUUACCCAAACCCAUGCCGGUGCCAUCAACCCCAACACGUGAACUUACACCUUCGCCACAGCCGGAGCCAGAUCUUGAGCCAAAUGAUGAUCUUGGACCAACAUCUCAAGAGACAUAUAAGUCAACAACCACAGCGUCUCCAGUGCGUGAGCCAACACCUUCUGAAGAGGAAGAGGAGACGUCAUUUUCUGCACCAUUACCCAACCCUACUUUGACACCAUCAACCCCGACACAUAAGUCUGAGACAAAACCUCAUGAACAAAAGGUGGCACCGAUCAUAAGAGAACGACCACCUACGCCGCCACUAGUAUCCGCCCCUUCACCCAAAUCUACGCAGACGCCGUCAACCCCGACACAUAAACCUACACCACCACAACCAGCAUCACCUUCACCAGAAAAGUCAUCGACCACAAGCGCUCCCUCGCCCAAAUCUACCUCGACAAAUAAAUACACACCUCCACCAGAGCCUGAGCCUGAGUCUACACCUCCAAACAAAGAGAAGCCGCCAACUACAAGCGCCCUACCUCCUAAGCCAGAGAAGUCAUCGACCAUAAGCAGUCCAGCACCUAAAUCAGAGAGACACACAUCUCGUCCUAAAAAGGAAACGUCAGGCCCCGCACCCUCACCUAAAUCAACGCCACUGUCACGAACCCCAACACAUAAACCCACCCCUUCGUCAAAGUCUGAGCCACCAGAACAGAAAUCCACACCUCCUCCUGAAAAUGAGACUCCUGAAGAGGAGACUCCUGAAGAUGAUGAAGAAGAGGAGACUCCUGAAGAGGAGACUUCUGAAAAGGGGACAUCGGUCUCUGCUCCACCACCCAAAUCCACCUCGACACAUAAAUCCACACCUUCGCCAAAAUCUGAGCCAACAUCUACUAAAUCAGAGAAACUCACACCUCCUCCUAAAAAGGAGACGUCGGUCCCCGCCUCCUCACCCAAAACCACCCCGACGUCGUCAACCCCAACACAUAAACCCACACCUUCACCAAAGUCUGAGCCAACACCUCCUAAAUCAGAGAAACUCACAUCUCCUCCUAAAAAGGAGACGCCGGUCUCUGCCCCUUCACCCAAAACCACACCAGUUUCAUCACCGCCGACACAGAAACUUACACCUUCGCCAAGAUCUGAGUCAAUAUCUCCUAAAUCAGAGAAAUUCACACCUCCUCCUAAAAAGGAGACUCCGGUCCCCGCCCCUUCACCCAAAACCACACCACUAUCAUCACCGCCGAUACAGAAACUCACACCUUCGCCAAAAUCUGAGCCAACACCUCCUCCUGAAAAGGAGACUCCUGAAGAUGAUGAAGAAGAGGAGACUCCUGAAAAGGGGACAUCGGUCUCUGCUCCCCCACCCAAAUCCACCUCGACACAUAAAUCCACACCUUCGCCAAAAUCUGAGCCAACAUCUCCUAAAUCAGAGAAACUCACUCCUCCUCCUAAAAAGGAGACGCCGGUCCCCGCCUCCUCACCCAAAACCACCCCGACGUCAUCAACCCCAACACAUAAACCCACACCUUCGCCAAAGUCUGAGCCAACACCUCCUAAAUCAGAGAAACUCACAUCUCCUCCUAAAACGGAGACGCCGGUCUCUGCCCCUUCACACAAAACCACACCAGUUUCAUCACCGCCGACACAGAAACUUACACCUUCGCCAAAAUCUGAGUCAAUAUCUCCUAAAUCAGAGAAAUUCGCACCUCCUCCUAAAAAGGAGACUCCGGUCCCCGCCCCUUCACCCAAAACCACACCACUAUCAUCACCGCCGACACAGAAACUCACACCUUCGCCAAAAUCUGAGCCAACACCUCCUCCUGAAAAGGAGACUCCUGAAGAGGAGACUCCUGAAGAUGAUGAAGAAGAGGAGACUCCUGAAAAAGGGACAUCGGUCUCUGCUCCCCCACCCAAAUCCACCUCGACACAUAAAUCCACACCUUCGCCAAAAUCUGAGCCAACAUCUCCUAAAUCAGAGAAACUCACACCUCAUCCUAAAAAGGAGAUGCCGGUCCCCGCCUCCUCACCCAAAACCACCCCGACGUCGUCAACCCCAGCACAUAAACCCACACCUUCGCCAAAGUCUGAGCCAACACCUCCUAAAUCAGAGACACUCACAUCUCCUCCUAAACAGGAGACGCCGGUCUCUGCCCCUUCACCCAAAACCACACCAGUUUCAUCACCGCCGACACAGAAACUUACACCUUCGCCAAAAUCUGAGUCAAUAUCUCCUAAAUCAGAGAUAUUCGCACCUCCUCCUAAAAAGGAGACUCCGGUCCCCGCCCCUUCACCCAAAACCACAUCACUACCAUCACCGCCGACACAGAAACUCACACCUUCGCCAAAAUCUGAGCCAACACCUCCUCCUGAAAAGGAGACUCCUGAAGAUGAUGAAGAAGAUGAUGAAGAAGAUGAGACUCCUGAAAAUGAGACAUCGGUCUCUGCUCCCCCACCCAAAUCCACCUCGACACAUAAAUCCACACCUUCGCCAAAAUCUGAGCCAACAUCUCCUAAAUCAGAGAAACUCACUCCUCCUCCUAAAAAGGAGACGCCGGUCCCCGCCUCCUCACCCAAAACCACCCCGACGUUGUCAACCCCAACACAUAAACCUACACUUUCGCCAAAGUCUGAGCCAACACCACCUAAAUCAGAGAAACUCACAUCUCCUCCUAAAAAGGAGACGCCGGUCUCUGCCCCUUCACCCAAAACCACACCAGUUUCAUCACCGUCGACACAGAAACUUACACCUUCGCCAAAAUCUCCUAAAUCAGAGAAAUUCGCACCUCCUCCUAAAAAGGAGACUCCGGUCCCUGCCCCUUCACCCAAAACCACACCACUAUCAUCACCGCCGUCACAUAAACUCACACCUUCGCCAAAAUCUGAGCCAACACCUCCUCCUGGAAAGGAGACUCCUGAAGAUGAUGAAGAAGAUGAGACUCCUGAAGAGGAGACUCCUGAAAAGGAGACAUCGGUCUCUGCUCCCCCACCCAAAUCCACCUCGACACAUAAACCCACACCUUCGCCAAAGUCUGAGCCAACACCUCCUAAAUCAGAGAAACUCACACCUCCUCCUAAAAAGGAGACGUCGGUCCCCGCCUCCUCACCCAAAACCACCCCGACGUCGUCAACCCCAACACAUAAACCCACACCUUCGCCAAAGUCUGAGCCAACACCUCCUAAAUCAAAGAAACUCACAUCUUCUCCUAAAAAGGAGACGCCGAUCCCCACCUCCUCACCCAAAACCACACCGACGUCGUCAACCCCAACACAUAAACCCACACCUUCGCCAAAGUCUGAGCCAACACCUCCUAAAUCAGAGAAACUCACACCUCCUCCUAAAAAGAAGACACCGGUCCCCGCCUCCUCACCCAAAACCACCCCGAAGUCGUCAACCCCAACACAUAAACCAACACCGUCGCCAAAGUCUGAGCCAACACCUCCUAAAUCAGGGAAACUCACAUCUCCUCCUAAAAAGGAGACUCCGGUCCCCGCCCCUUCAUCCAAAACCACACCACUAUCAUCACCGCCGACACAGAAACUCACACCUUCGCCAAAAUCUGAGCCAACACCUCCUAAAUCAGAGAAACUCACACCUCCUCCUAAAAAGGAGACAUCGGUCUCUGCCCCUUCACCCAAAACCGCACCAGUUUCAUUACCGCCGACACAGAAACUCACACCUUCGCCAAAAUCUAAGCCAACACCUUCUAAAUCAGAGAAACUCGCACCUCCUCCUAAAAAGGAGACUUUGGUCCCCGCCCCUUCACCCAAAACCUCACCACUAUCAUCACCGCCGACACAGAAACUCACACCUUCGCCAAAAUCUGAGCCAACACCUCCUAAAUCAGAGAAGAAGUCACCGGCACAGAAAUCCACACCUCCUCCAGCCUCUGCCCCCUCACCUAAAACCACCACGACAUAUAAACCCACACCUCCGCCAAAGGCUGAACCAACACCUCAGAAGUCGACGACACAGAGACACACAUCUCCUCCUCCUCCUCCUAAAAAGGAAACAACGGUCUCCACCCCCUCUCCAAAGUCUGAGCCAACGCCUCCUAAAUCAGAUACUACGCCAACCACGGGUGCUCCACCACCUAAAAAGGAGACACCGCCUCAAAAGCUACCACCUGCUCCUGAGAAGACAACGAACUCUGUUCCGCCAACUAAAUCAGACUCAUCUCCUCCACCUGCAAGCACAAAACCACCACCAGCUUCCUCACCUCCCCCAGAAAAACAAGUUUCAUCACCACCACCUGUCCACUCGUCGCCGCCUCCUGUUCAAUCACCACCAAAAACUGCCUCAUCCCCGCCAUCUGAACCAGUUCAAGCACCACCUCAUGCCAAACCGCCUCCUACCAAAAUCCCUAGUUUAAUUGGUGCUAGCUACCAAUCUCCGCCGCCACCACUAAUUCCAGGCUAUUAAAAGAGUCAUAUUUUAGGGUAACUGAUUCAAUUGCAUAUAAUGCAUUGCAAUGAAGUAGAAGGGCCAGAAUACUCAAAUAGCACGAUUUACUUAGUUUUGCUAUGUCCAUCUUUCUAUUGUGAUUUUUGACUUGAAGCUGGGUGCACUGCAGUUUCGAUUAUUGCUGUAUAUGGAGAUACAACUACAUACAUAUGUAAACAUUUUUUCCAGUUCUAUAAAUGUGUUUCUACCAAGGAUACUUCUA